GCGGAAGCAAACUAUCCGGCCUUUUAAAGCACAGCUGUGCGUUUAUCUGCUACUCACACGGUGACUUUGCUUCUUUAGCGAGCAGACUCGAAGCAGGGAACGACGUGAGGAUUUCUUUCUGUUCAUGUCCCACCGGUCCUGAUCCUGUCCGACCCCAGCACUGCCUAAAGCCCAGUCCUGGUCCUGCAGGCACACAGAGCAUCCAGGUCAUCCUGUUGGAAGUCUGAUUGAAAAGGGACGAUCUUCACAGAUGAAGCGCGCUGCUGCAGCAUGCCCUCUGACCGGUCCACUGCUUCAGCCUGGACAGUGGCCUCUGGGACGACAGUGUCUUCUUCUGACCUGAAGGAACCAAUUCAAACAAGCCGCAUCCUGUUGUUGCAAUCCGGCGGCCGCCGGCUGUCCACUUGAGAGUCCCAGGCCUGUUUCCUCUACCCACUGGGCACAAGAGUGAGUAUCCUGCCAGGAAGGCCUGUCAUUCACUCACACAUUAUCAUCUCACAAAUUUCAUCUGUCAGGCUACGCUUUGUGUGUGAACCUCUUUCUGAGCUUCCCAGUUACCUGAGAUAGUCGAAAGUAGGGCGUGUGAAAAAUGAUGAGAAAGUGAUCAAUCCUACACAGGAACUGUCCUGAUUAUAGCUAAAAUAUUAAGUUCUCCAUUAGUUUUAAUAUACAUAAUGGGAGUAAUUUUACUUAUAAUCAUCUGAGUGGACCUAAACAAACAGCUCCAUCUUGUGGAAGCAGACACUAACAUCAUUAAAAUAAUUGGAAUGCAUGAAAUUACAUUCUCAUUUAGGGUUGAUGGAUAAUUUCUCUAAAAGCAAACGCGCAUGUUUUAAGCUGUCAACUGUCAGAUGAAGCAUAUCGGUCUUAAUAACGGCGAAUGCAUUUCAAGUCCAGCUCAUCCAUCAGUAGCUCCAAUAAGAUUACAUAACAGCAAAAGAAGCACGAUGUAAAAAAUCUUGAUGCUUAUUUUAGUGUUUCCAGAGCUGUUAAAAGAUUUGAGUUUGAGAGUGUUGAGAUCGAAAAAGAGAGAGAGAGAGUCGUGCUGCACAAGUCUGGAAACCGAUGAAAGGUUAGAGCGUUAACACUGAGAGGUAUAAGCUUAGAGUCCAUUAGUGGAUUAUAACCAUAAACACUCCACGGCUCCUGCAUCUCUCCUGGAUUACACAGAGAGAGAGAGGGAGAGCGAGAGAGAGACAAACUGAGUGCAUGACGGUGAAUGAAAAGCAAUUGAAUUGAGUAAAUUGACAGGCGAGGGCACAUACGCAGAGUGUCAAACUCAGCAAGCUCAAGUACCUUCGGACCGCCGACAUCGACCAGGACUGACCGCCUUAAGGUGCUUUGGUUACCUGCAGUAUAUCACCUGGCUGAGAAAGUGAACCACAAAAGGAAGCAUGAACGUGGACGUGGAGGGGAUUAUCCAGUGCAUCAAGCAUGGUGAUGAGGACGGCGUGCAGACGCAGCUGCAGGAGUUCAACAAACAGUAUGCCCAGUGCUUCUUCUUCGAUGCGGAGGAAAGUGAACGCAGGAAAAAAAGAAAACUAGAAGAGUUCAGGCAGAAUAAAGUGAGAGAUUUCGCUGAUUCCGACUCUGAUAUUGAGGAGUACAGCCAAGAGGAUCUAGGCCUCAUCCUCAGACAGAAUUUAGCCACAGUGCUUGUGAGGUUUAUCAGGACGGGAGUAAAAAGUCGUCUGUUGAGAGUGUCGCUGCGCACCCUGAGGAUCCUCUCCAGGGACAAAAAGGUUCUCGGCCCGUUGGUGACCGACUGCGCUCUGCUGACUCUCGCCAAACUGGCCGGGAUGACCACAAGCGAAAUCCCCGACGAAGCCAGCGACCCCGACUCUGACUUCUACGACAACAUCAUAGCUUCCCUCGCCGAGGCCAAAGCGCUGCAGACCUGCGCCGACGAAGACGAAGGCGAAGCCGUCGACCGGAAUGAGGAGGGCUCCGCUUUCGACGACGACGACGCCAAGAGCGACGUCAGCGGAGACCAGGACAGCAUCAGCUGGCUCGGGAGCCACAGGACCAGCAUCAACGAAAUGCACCGGGGUGGCGUCCAUCACAAGGUGCUGGAGCGAGGGAGGAAGGACCGCAGAGAGAGCAAGCUGGGGGUGGAGGAAGAGGAGGACGAAGGGGACCCGGGAGAGGAGGCUCAGAGGAAAGAGGCCAUGAAGGUGCUGUGUAACGUGGUGUACAACAGCACCUGGGCUCAGGAGAGGUUCAGUGCUCUCAGGAUUAUGUGUGGUCUCAUCGAGAGCCUGUCCUCCAGCGUCAGCUGCUCAUCUCCCUCCAGUGUUCAGUUCUAUGAACUGCGCCUCUUGUUUCUCAUCACUGCACUGCGGCCAGAGCUCAGCACUCAGCUUCAACAGGAAGGCGGAGUGUCCAUCCUCACGGCAGCCCUGGAGAGCUGCCUGGAGGUUCAGUGGAAGGAGCAGUAUGAGUGUGUGCUGGACCCGUCAGCAGCGCCCAUCUCUCUGGAAGCCUCCCAGCGCAUCUCCGAGAUCCUCAAGAUCCUCUUCAACAUCACCUACAGCAGCCACAGGCAGGAGCCCACCGAGGAUGAUGCGGCUCUGUACAGACACCUGGUGGCUAUCCUGCGUCUCUGCCUGAUGAGGAAGAGCGUGCUGGCGGAUGACACCGAUGAACUGCAGGGUCACACAGUCAACCUGCUGUCGGCGCUGCCUCUCCAGUGUCUGGACGUGCUGCUGACGGUUCCUCCGGAGCCGGACUCAGACCAGUGUGAGGGAGUCAACAUGGACUGUGUGCACAACCUGCUGAUGUUCAUGGAGAGACGCCUGGAGUCGGGAGAUAAAAUCAAAGAGAAACUGACGCCGAUCCUCAACCUGCUGACGGAGAGUUGCAGGGCCCACCGAGAAACACGCCACUACAUCCGGAAACAUAUCCUGCCUCCCCUGAGAGACGUAUCGCAUCGGCCGGAGGAAGGCUCGACAGUGAAGAGCCGUCUGAUUCGCCUCAUGACUCAUUUGGACACGGACGUCAAGCACUGCGCCGCAGACCUCAUCUUUGUCCUCUGCAAAGAAAACGUGAGGCGUUUUGUUAAGUACACCGGCUAUGGCAACGCCGCAGGGCUGCUGGCCACCAGGGGCCUGCUGGGGGGCCAGGGGGCCCGGACCUCCAGCUCCGGCACCCAGUACUCCAGCGACUCCGACUCAGACACCGAGGAGUACCGGCAGGUCAAAGACCGCAUCAACCCCGUGACGGGGCGGGUGGAGGCGGAGCAGCCGGACCCGAUGGAGGGCAUGACGGAGGAGGAGAAGGAGGAGGAGGCCAAGAGGCUCAUCAUGCUUUUCAAUAAGCUCUCCAGAGAUAACAUCAUCCAGCCAAUGGGAGUUGAUGCAGAGGGGAAACUGGUCCCGAUGUCUGGGCUAACAGGAAAUUCCCUCACCGAGGAGCCCAAGUCGGAGUCAGACAAUGACGGAGAUGCAGGUGAAGGAGAGGACAACUGAGAGAUCGUUUCAGUUUGUUUAUUUGCUUUUGUAAAUUCCCCGUUCCUAAAGAUUGUCGCUUCACAAACUUGUCCUAACUGUGCAGAUGGUACAAAAAAAGAGGGCUGCGGUUCUCAUCCAGGACUCAUGCUGCCAGUCCGACAGCAAAAAAAAAUAAUAAAAUCUUUUUUUUCUCUUUUGGACUUAAAUAAUAUAACAAAGCAAUAAUGAUUACAUUGUUUGUGUCAAGAAUGAAACUGAAAAUGUAGCAAAUGACCAAGAGAACAAUAAUUCCAUUAUCAUAUUACCCAUGAAUGUU